GCUUAAAAUUAAAACAACAUGGUCGCCGCGAAACGAUCAGCACCAAAAGAAGAUGUUGAAAUGAAAGUGAACGAUGCUGUCGAAGAUACCACUGUUGAUAGCAUGGAUGCCUUAUUAUCAAAUUCAGCAAAGAAGACAAGAGUCAUGUUUUCUACAGCUUAUAGUCAGGCAGCCAUGGAUGAAGAAGAAAGUCAACGUGUAAAACUGACCACUAAAAUCCACGAUGAAUACGACGAUCUUCGUACACUUCCCGAAGCUUUGAUCAAACAACAAAAAGAGGCACUUAAAGCACGUCUUAAGGCCAAAAAUACAGUUGUGGAAGAAGUAGAUGAUUCAGAAGAAAAGUCAGCCGUUUCUCAAAUGAUUGAUGCCAUACCUGAUAAGUCUUUAGAUGGUAAGAAUGAAGGUGUAGUUGCUCUUCGUGGAAAAGACCAAUUUUCUUCAGACAUUUUUGGAGAUACUUUGGCAGGAAGUGGAUCGCUUGUACGUCGUGCACGCGCAAAGACAAUUCGUCCGGUCUGGCACGCACCUUGGAAAUUGAUGCGUGUGAUUAGUGGACAUUUGGGUUGGGUACGUGCAGUGACAGUUGAACCAGGAAAUAAAUGGUUCGCUACAGGUGCAGGUGAUCGUACAAUCAAAAUUUGGGAUAUGGCAUCCGGUACAUUGAAAUUAUCCUUGACAGGUCAUAUUGCUACAGUGCGUGGAUUAGAAGUAUCCCCAAGGCAUCCAUACUUAUUCUCAUGUGGUGAGGAUAAGAUGGUCAAAUGUUGGGAUUUAGAACAAAACAAAGUCAUCCGUCAUUAUCACGGUCAUUUAUCUGGUGUUUAUUCGCUAAGUUUACAUCCUACAUUAGAUGUAUUAGUUACUUCUGGACGUGAUGCAACUGCAAGAGUGUGGGAUAUGAGAACAAAACAAGCUGUACAUGUGCUUACAGGUCAUACAAGUACUGUUUCAGCUGUCAAAUGUCAAGAAGCUGAUCCUCAGGUUAUUACCGGUUCUAUGGACAAUACAAUUAGAUUAUGGGAUUUAGCUGCUGGUAAAACAAUGGGCGUUUUAACACAUCACAAAAAGAGUGUCCGUGCUCUCGCACUUCAUCCUACUGAAUUUGGAUUUGUGAGUGGAAGUGCUGAUUCCGUUAAAGGUUGGAAAUGCCCUGAAGGUGCAUUUAUGCAGAAUUACGAGAGAAAGAAGGCUAUCAUCAAUACAUUAGCCGUUAACCAGGAUGGUGUUAUCUUUUCUGGUGGUGAUGACGGUUCCUUGAGCUUCAAUGAUUGGAGAUCAGGCCAUAAUUUCCAAUCUAUGGAUACAACUGUGCAGCCUGGUUCUCUCGAUGCUGAAGCUGGUGUAUUUUGUGCUACUUUUGAUAAGACUGGAUCUCGUUUGAUUACUGGUGAAGCUGAUAAGACCAUUAAGAUUUAUAAAGAAGAUGAAACUGCCGUCAAGGACACAGAUUUUUAUCAGUAGAUAUUGUCCAAUAAAACCAUUUUUUAUUAUU